AUGGAGCGCGACAGCGAUGGCCACGGGCUGCCGGCAUUGAAGACGCACAGCGGCUACGUGGAAGAGUUGGAAAAGUCUCUGAAGAACAUCAGUUCCUCACCGGAAGACCUUGAGAAGCGGGUGCGUUGUGGCCGUGCUCGCAUGGCAAUGCAGUGA